CAGAGCGCAGCGGAGCGCAGCGCGGCGAGGUUCCCAGGGGCGUCUCGCCUCUUUUCUCUCCGUCGCCGGGCAAAGCAAGCGAGAAGUCCAGCGGGGCUGCCGAUCGGGCGCUGCGGGGCCAAGGUGUCCGAGGCCAGGUUCUCUGCACUGGACGGAUGAUUUGAGGGGGAGCCGGGCGCCUCCAGAAGCCCUGGGAUGGACAACCAGACAUCGCCGCCUGCCCUCAAGGAUUCGUGCACGUACCAUGAGGAGUUCAAGCAGAUCCUGCUGCCGGUGGUCUACUCAGUCGUGCUGGUGUUGGGGUUUCCCUUGAACUUUGUGGUCAUCGUCCAGAUUUGGCUGUCGCGGAAAGUCCUGACUCGAACCAUGAUCUACAUGUUGAAUCUGGCUGUGGCCGAUCUCCUCUACGUCUGCUCGCUCCCGCUGCUGAUCUACAACUAUUCUCAGAAGGAUUACUGGCCCUUCGGUGACUUCACCUGCCGCUUCGUGCGCUUCCAGUUCUACACCAACCUCCACGGCAGCAUCCUCUUCCUCACCUGCAUUAGCAUCCAGCGCUACCUGGGCAUCUGCCACCCGCUCUCCACCUGGCACAAGAAAAGGGGGAAGCGCUUCACUUGGGGCGUCUGCGCCCUGGUUUGGAUUGUGGUGACGGCUCAGUGCCUGCCGACUUUCCUCUACGCGUCCACCGGCAUCCAGAGGAACCGGACCGUGUGUUACGACCUGAGCACGCCGGAAAACUCGGCUGGGUACUUCCCGUACGGCAUCACCUUGACGGUCACGGGGUUCUUGAUCCCCUUCCUCUCCAUCUUGGGCUGCUACUGUAGCAUGACCAAGAUCCUGUGCCAGAAGGACGAGAUGAUCGGGCUGGCUGUCCGCAAAAAGAAAGACAAAGCCAUCCGGAUGAUUAUUAUCGUGGUCCUCGUCUUCGCCAUCAGCUUCUUCCCAUUCCACCUGACCAAGACCAUCUACCUGAUCGUCCGCUCGUUCCCCGAGGUCCACUGCCUCACCCGCCAGGCCUUUGCCAUCACCUACAAGUGCACCCGCCCCUUCGCCAGCAUGAACAGCGUCCUGGAUCCCAUCCUCUUCUACUUCACCCAACGGAAAUUUCGGGAAAGCACGCGGCACUUGCUGGACAAGGUCAGCUCCAAGUGGAAGCACGAUUCCUGACGACGGACGGGACGGGUGCCCUCGGGAAGAAGAUCUGAUCUUCUACCAAGGACAGGCUGGGAGUCUUCCCCCUUGGCAUCACCCCUUCGUCAGCUCUUGGCACUCCGGGGCCCGACUGGCAGGAGAAAACGGCCGACAGUGAGCUGUAGGACCAGCUCUGGAGGCCAUGCCAACCGCUGAGAAGGUUCCUUUCUCAUGGAGAAGGCGAACGAUACGGUGUAAAUACUAUCCUGGCACAUCCGUUCCUUUCAUCCGUAGUGUCAGGGUUCCAAGGAACACCCCCAACGAAAUAAAGCUCUGAGGCUUGAGGUUCCUCAGAGUUCCAAUUUAUUAGAGAUGUCAUGUUGGCACAGCUGGGAAAACCCGAAACUGAAAGCUUCCAGGUUUUCCACACCCAGUUGACAGUUCACAGCCCUGCCUCACACCCACAAGUUCAUCACAUUGUCCAAUCAACUCUUCACACUCAAUUGGAUACACUCUUCAGGCAGUCGCCGUCAGACGCAGGAUGUCCUCGAAUACGGAAUGUUGUUAUGACUAACUUUCUACCGCUCCAACAACAACCCCCUCCCAACUUCCCCAGCUAAAAUAGGUGGCAGUUAAGAAGCAAAAAGAAAAUUGCCUUCCAAAACUGACACAUAGGUUUUGCCUGCGCUAUAAUUAUUCAUCUGUUGGAGGGUGAUUGAUUGGACCAAAGGCUCGGGAGAUCUCCCAUUGUGCGAAGAGAGAGAGACCAAGCAGAAAAAUUCGAAGCAGGAGCUGUGAAGUCUGCUUUUAUAAACCACAACAACUGACACCAUUGGAAGGAAAAACCCCGAGCUAAUAUUUUUAAUCAAAAGGGCAGAGAGCACCCUACGUAGAUGCACACCAUUUUUUUUAAAAAAAGGAAUAUAAUGCUUUAACCUGGGAAUAAACUAAAUAUUGACAUUCUGGUGAAUGACGAACAUGCCAAGGGCACCAUUUUUAAUUUAAUAAAUGUACAGUUAAGGACCUACUACCGUGAUACAUUUUCUGGUGGAACAACCAGAGUUGGAAGGGACCUUAAAGUCCGCCAGGCUUAAAGUGGCCAAGGUUGGCUGGGCUGGGGAAUUCUGGGAGUUGAAGUCCGCCAGGCUUAAAGUGGCCAAGGUUGGAGACCCUUGUUCUAGUCCAAACACCUGCUCAAGCAGGAAACCUUAUAGCAUUCCGGACAAAUGGUUGUCCAGUCUCUUCUUCAAAACCCGCAAUGUUGGAGCACCCACAACUUCAUGAGGCAAGUUGUUCCGCUGGUUAAUUGUCCUCCCCAUCAAGAAAUUUCUCCUUAGUUCUACCUUGGUCUCUCCUUGAUUAGUUUCCACCCGUUGUUCUGUAGAUUGACUUAGAAAUUUUGGCGUCCAUGUAUGGAAAGACUCCAGACUGGUGGCCUGGGGGCUUACGAAUGACACCCCCCCCACUCCCACAGUGAACUGUGAGAUAUGUGGAUUAAGAACCCUUUUGUGUGACAGGGGAUCAACUACACAGGAUCUAUCUACAAGGGAUGACUACCCAGCUAAGAAGAAAUUGCAGUGGUUCAAAAGCUCCAGACUUUAGCUAUGGGGGGGGGGUUCAGAAUGCAUUUGGGGGGCAUCCACUAGGAUCCAAAAAUGUGUGUCUCUUUUGCACAACUGUUCUCCAUCCUCUAUGCAUCCUGGAAUAUUUUCCCAGGGUAGAUCCCACCGGAAAAGGAUUUCGACUCUGAAAAAUGGUAUUUAUGCACUUACGUUUGCAAACUGAACUUGGAAGCAGAGUUCGGAAUUCCCCUAAAUUCUGCCCUGCCUUCUUUUUGUCUCUUGAUCUCUUGAUUCCAAGAAAUUGUGCGUUGAGGUUUUAUCGUAUACAGGGAGUCCUUGACUUACAGCCAUUUGUUUAGUGAGCGUUCAGAGUUACGACGCCACUGAAAAAAAGUGACUUGUGACCGUUUUUCACAGUUACGAUUCUUGUAGCAUCCCAAGAUGCUGGGAUGCCGCAUGGUCGCUUGAUCAAAAUUCGGAUGCUUCGCAACUGGUUCAUAUUUAUGACGGUCGCAGUGUCCCGGGGGGGUCACGUGAUCCCCUUUUGCGACCUCCUGACGAGCAAAGUUAAGGGGGAAGCCAUAUUCACUUAAUGACCGGCUGACUAACUUAAGAACUGCAGUGAUUCGCUUAACAAAUCCGGCAUGAAAGGUUGCAAAAUUCGCUUUAACAACUGUCUCGCUUAGCAGUGAGUAAAUUUGGCUCAAUUGUGGCCGUAACUUGAGGACUACCCAGGCAAUAAUUUCAUGCGUACAUUAAAUAUCCGUUGGAUGUAUGGAUGUUUUGUGUUUUGCCUUCAAUUCCUGAGCCUCUUUGUUUUGGAAAUAGAUAAAAUAAACUGAAUGUGUCUGAAAAUAAACCGCAGAAGGACCUUGGAAGCUCAGAUCUUCAUGCAUGAAUCCAGCACGGUCAUGGAUGGCCCUUGGUGGACCCGGCGCUGGGUUCAAGAACAUUGUCUCCAAAACGCCAUCCCCGACUGCAGGUUUGCGAUUCGGGGACCGAAAGGAGAGAAAAGAAGGAAAAAUCUGACCUGAUGACAUUGUAUUUAAUGAAUGGCAUUGAAUAAAAUAGAAGCCGGUUGUGGGUGGUUUAGCCAGAAACGGCAAUGAAAUGGCAGCUACUUUUCAUUUCAACCUAGAGUAGACACCAGUUGGAAACUCCUUCCUACAUUUCAGCAGCUGGCAAAGUGGAGCCGGGAGCCAAGAAGAAGGUUUUUAAGGAAAGCAACUGAUGAUUGCACUGAUGAUGUUAUCUAGUUGGGUUGUGAAAUGUCUGCAAGAAAACUACCAAGCUCGGAGAGCACUAAGGACCCCACAGUCAUUGUCUUCCUCUUCCUCCUCUUCCUUCUCCUCCUCCUCUUCCUCUCUACAAACCCCACUCCCUUCUAGCGCUGCUGAUGUUACCUGUCUUGGUAAUAAAACAUCUGCAAGAAAACCACCAAGUUCAGAGAGCACCAAGGAUCCUACAGUCCUCCUCCUCCUCCUCCUCUUCCUCCUCCUCCUCCUCCUCUUCCUCCUCCUCCUCCCCCCCUUCUCCUCCUAUCUUCCUCCCUUCUAGCACUGCUGAUGUUACCGAGUUUGGUAAGGAAACGUCUGCAAGAAAACAACCCAGCUCAGAGAGCACCAAGGCAGUUCUCCUCCUCCUCCUCCUCCUCCCCCCUCUGCAAAUCCUGCUCCCUUCUAGCCCUGAUGAUGUUACCAAGUUUGGCAAUGAAACAUCUGCAAGAAAACAACCCAGCUCAGAGAGCACCAAAGUCCCCCCAGUUCUAUCCUGAGCUCAAAACAUUCAUUUCUGUCAAUUUUUAGAAUAGAAUAGAAUUUUUUAUUGGCCAAGUGUGAUUGGACACACAAGGAAUUUGUCUUGGUGCAUAUGCUCUCAGUGUACAUAAAAGAAAAGAUACGUUCAUCAAGGUACAACAUUUACAACACAAUUGAUGAUCAAUAUAUCAAUAUAAAUCAUAAGGAUUGCCAGCAACAAGUUAUAGUCAUACAGUCAUAAGUGGAAAGAGAUUGGUGAUGGGAACUAUGAAACGAUUAAUAGUAGUGCAGAUUCAGUAAAUAGUCUGACAGUGUUGAGGGAAUUAUUUGUUUAGCAGAGUGAUGGCCUUCGGGAAAAAACUGUUCUUGUGUCUAGUUGUUCUGGUGUGCAGUGCUCUAUAGCGUCGUUUUGAGGGGAGGAGUUGAAACAGUUUAUGUCCAGGAUGCGAGGGAUCUGCAAAUAUUUUCACGGCCCUCUUCUUGAUUCGUGCAGUAUACAGGUCCUCAAUGGAAGGCAGGUUGGUAGCAAUUAUUUUUUCUGCAGUUCUAAUGAUCCUCUGAAGUCUGUGUUUUUCUUGUUGGGUUGCAGAACCGAACCAGACAGUUAUAGAGGUGCAAAUGACAGACUCAAUAAUUCCUCUGUAGAAUUGGAUCAGCAGCUCCUUGGGCAGUUUGAGCUUACUGAGUUGGCGCAGAAAGAACAGUCUUUGUUGUCCUUUUUUAAUGAUGUUAAUUGCCCUGAUUGGUAUAGGAUUUCUUUCCCUCUUCAUGGAUCAGGGAAUGAGAUUUAUUGGGGGGGGGGGAAAUCCAUCAAUGCACGACUAGGGACAUCUAGAGUUUAACACAAAUUAUGAUUAUGCCUUGUUUCCUAUUCCUUACAUGUGAGCUCUUGCCCAUACAAUUUCUUCCUUUCGGUUUUUCAGCGUUGUGCUUUUUGUGGCCGGUGGCCUUGAUGUAACAUGUGUGUGUGUGUGGUAUUGUUGUUGUUGGGUUGCAGUGUUUUUGUACAUUAUUUUUUUGUAAUUGCAGUACGAAGGUCUUCCAAGCACGCUGUUAAUUUCCUUUUAUUUCUGGCUGGUUUAAAUUAGAAUAGUUGUUCUCAAACUUGGCAACUUUCAGACAGGUGGACUUCAACUCCCAGAAUUCUGGGAGUUGAAGUUCACCUGUCUUAAAGUUGCCAAGUUGGAGAAACAAUGAAUGAGAAGGAUAAAUAUUUCAGUUUGGCUUUUGUCCAAACUCACAAGAGAGUACACACGUUCCACAUUUUAAAAAAAUAAUAAUUCUGGCUUUUGUAUUGGGGGAAAAAUUCCCAAGUUUUGGCCCAUUUCUUUAUGAGGUAUCUUUACAAACCAAACUGAGGAUCUAAUUGGAGCCUUUGCAUCUUCUAUGAUUUUUAUUCUCAGGAGUAUUCUCGCAAUCGUCAAAUCACAAACUAUUCAAUCUCAUUUUAGGAGAACAGAUCCAGCGUCGGUGAAUAAGUAUUUGUGACAUCUUUUGUGAUAGUGUGUGAGCUCUUCGGGAUAGGGAGCUGCAGUUGUAUUAACUUCUUACAUUCCUUCAUAAAGUAAAAAAAUAAAAAAUAAAACAAAGAAA